CGUCGGUUGUUUUGGUGCCAAGGGGCAGUAGCGUAGCAAGCAUUAGCUUUAGCAUUCAGUUGUAGACGAAACGUUUUGCGGUGAUGUGUUCACAUAUCAGUGCCGUCUGAUAAAUUACUUUCAGCUCAGUUUCCUUUAGUGAAGUGUUUGUGAUUUUGUUAUCAGCUUGCAGAGGAAGUGGUAGCGAUGUCAACAAUACAGGAUUAGCGCUUGUGCAACGGAUAAAGUUAGCUAGUGCCUUCGUUGGUGUGAUGUUGGUUGAAAUCAGCUGAUCAACAGCUUCUUGACAAGUGUAGUGUUUGUUCAAUAAUUGUAAUCGUUUUGCCCGGUGUUGAAGGGGUUGUUGUCGAUGUGUGUCGAUAAGUGCAGUUGUGGUGCCCCCAGAAAAAGAUGAGGCGCAAUGGAUCUCCAGCUGCCGGCAGCCCUUCUCUUGCAGCUGCUGCUGCUGCCGAUGUUGCUGAUGACCAGCGGCUCCCAGGCUGCCGCCCCCGCCACCGCCUCCGCCGCCUCUAUUUGCCAGCAAGUCGAGUGCCACUGCCAAGCUGUCAAGGAAUUCGUCAAUGUCACCUGUGCCUUUGAUAGGAAAACGGUGCUAAAACUGGAGAAAGGCUCGCUGCCAGAGAAGAUGGUGGAGUUGGAGUUGAGCGGCGGCUACGAGCUGAAGCUGGAAGCGGGUGCCGUGACGAGCCACGGGCAUCUGUACCGUCUGCACGUUACCGGCUUCCAACGCGUGUUCGUGCUGAAGGGAGCCCUGGACCACGUGACCGCUGCCAAUCUGCACGUGCAGCUCGCCAACUGCUCGUACCUGUUGCUGGAGAGCAGCUCUCUCCGUAGUGCAGGUGGCGGAGUGUCGUUGCAGCUGGCCAGAGUCAGCAAAGUGGUCAUCCAGUCAGGGGCGUUCCACUCGCUGCUGCAGCUCACCGUCACUGAUGUGCCCUCCCUCGAGCCGGCCUCAAAGGCCUUCUACACUAGCAUAUCACGGGACCGACCUAGCACGCAGAUCCUUCUCCAGCGAGUGAGAAUAGAAACGUUGGAGACACAGGUUUUCCCAUCAGCCCUGGCCGAACUGGUGGUGAGGGACAGUGAGAUAGUGAACGUGAACAGUGAAGCAGUGGACGCCAUUGAGCUGCGCCGCCUGAGCAUCAUCAAUUGCUCGCUGAGUCGCGUCAAAACCAACGCGUUCUCUUCAAAAGUGAUUGUCGCGCACUUCGAAAUCGACAGCACCACCAUUGGCCUGCUGGCCACCCACUCCAUCAGCUCUGGCAUUUCCACCAUGAUUGUUUCAAACAGCCGAAUCGAAGCAAUACAAGAGGAAAGCUUCAUACCGUCAGCAGUUGCAAAAAUGGUUCUUGUCAACAACACAUUCCACCGCAUCUACAGCAACGGCUUCAAGCUGAAUGGACGGGAGGGCGGCGACACUUCGUGGAAGCACUUGGAAAUAGAGAACAACACUUUCGACAAACUGGAGGCGAACGCCUUCGAUGGCAGGUACAUCCCGCCUGAGAGCGGCGCCGCAUCCCGGGCCACCUUCGUCUUCAGAGGCAACUACAUCGGCUCCACCAUCACCAGCUCUCCCGUAUUCAACUUCGGUCUGAACACCGACGUUAACGUUACCAUUGACAAUAAUCAUUUCUUAGAAGUAUGUCGUUGCAAUACCAAUAGGAUAUCAGGAAUAAUCACGGGAACUGACGACGUUAUUGAAGAAAUCUUGUACAGCAGCUUUUGUAAAACAUAUCCCAACUGGAAACACUGUUUCGAUGCCAGCUAUGUUCUGAUCACGAAUUUCAGUGAGAAAGUGUGUGGGGAAAAUUCGAGUGAGUGUGAAAUUAAAGAAACUACAGUGGUUGAACGUGGUAUUAUCACUACUUUGGAUUCAGCUUUUCAAAACGAUGAAGGGUUCGGAGUUGAGGGGGAAAAGACUGUACUGAAAGCUAUUUUUGCAUUCGUUGUGCUUUGUGUUUGCAUCAUCAUGUUCAUUUCAUCAGCAGUAUGGGUGUGCAAAAAUAACUACCUCACCAAAGGACGAGUGUUGUUUGUGAUGUCAACCGAAUCCUUGUUCAAUCUGUUGUCUCGUGUUGUUGAGAGAUCAACGACAAGCGUCACACGAAGUGAAUCGACUCAUUCGGUGACAAUCCACGAGUACGCCGAGCUGCAGAGGCAGCCGAAGGGGCAGGCAGAGGUGGAUGGGGAGUCGCCACUGGAAAACAAAGCCACCCAAACCCUGCCCGAGGAACUCACCCAUGAACUGCUGCAAACGUUGCGGGAGAAGCUGGAUGACCCAGAGAACUACAGUGAGGCACGGGAUAUGAUCGAACAUCUGUACGAUCUCAUCAAGGUGGAAGAAAGUUGUAAUCAGAACUGCACCGCUGAAACAGUGAUUGAUUUCGACGAGUUUGAGCCUGAUGACACAAACCAUGUGUACGACGAGAUCAAGCCGAAAUCGAAGAAACAGAAGGGCAGCAAGACGUGUGUGUCGGUUGGUACGAGGGCUCCGUCGCCCGACAAACUGCUUCCGUUGAGGGCUGUCUACGCGGAGGCGAGGCGCAGAUCGGUGCUGCUCAAUGAAUACGCCGAACCUCGUGACAAACGUCCAACGGUUCCAGCUACUUACGAUUACGCAGAGUUGCCGAGUGGAUCGCAGAGUGCUCCUGAUGCGGCGACUGCCGCUGUAUCACUGCGUGCCUUAGCCAACCGUCCGCUGCCCGAAAAACCCCCCCAAAACGACCCUGGUGAAGGCCCGUCCUCUUCACUUUGACAACUGUGAUAAAUAUUUUACUAGGAUAGAAACUGAUUCGAGUGAAACUUCCAGCCAUAUUAGUACAGGACUAAUGACUAGUGCUUUGAACGUUUUUGGGAUGUGAAGAUGGAGUUUUAUACUUUGAUGACAAACGAACAACUAUGAUUCUUGAAAAUAUGUCAACAUUCAAUUAUUGUACUGGAACAGGAAAUUAUUUUCCAUGUCUAGGUUGAACAACUUUCAAUGAUGCCUUAGGAGUUCUAAACUUUCACUGUAAUUACCUAUUUAAAUAAAUAAUUGUGUAUCAUUCAAUAAAUAAAUGAAUAAUUCUUUUUUUAAUAGCUUGCAAUAAUCAACUCUACUGCUGAAAAUUAAUUAAAAAUUUCAUAUUCUACAAAUUGCAAACUUACACGAAUAAUUGUGCUGAUACCAGAAAUGGAAAUUGUCUGAAAAAUUGUAUUGCUCGGGGCUGAUUGAUUUUUUACUAGAAACUGAUCUUACUGAUUGUUCUAGCAAUCUGUCUGUGCAUAUUGCAUAGAACGUGGCUUAAACAUACUACUCCAUAAAUCCAUACUCUAAGCCUACUCCAUAUCUCAUCCAUCCAAUCUAGGAUAAAUUGCAUCCUUCGUUAAUUGAAGGAUUGCUGGAUUUCUAGAUAAACAAUCUUCAAACAUCAGGUUUUAAAUAGCAUUUACAUCUAACUUGCAAAAUGGCUGCUUAUUAAGAGAUCUGGAUUUUUUGAAAUAUUUUCGCCUUGAAUCUAUCAAUCUGUAUUACAAUAUUAGUCUUUAAUUUUCAAUCUCCGGAGUAAUUUAUCAUAUUAUAUGUUAUACGUUGAUUGAUAUUGUGACUACUGAAAAAAAUACUUCAAUCAAUUUUCCAACUAAAUAUUCUCUAAAUUCUAUACAUUUAUUUAUAUUACUAUUGUUGAACAAUCAAUAUUUUUAUUGAUUUUAUACUUUGUAUAUUAUGUGUUUUGUGCCACGAUAUGAGAAUAAUAAUCGUGGAAUGCUCUUGUCAUUAGAUUUGUAUUAUGUAUAGUUUUUAGAAAUAUUGUUGAUCUAACAUAGUAGAUUAUUUAGCAACUGUUCUUGGGAAUACCAUAAGUCAUGUCAUGUAUAAAACAGCUUUCUUGUUGAAAAAAUUGAAGUAAGAGGUACCGGUACCGGAAAAAUAAAUUAUGAAUACAGUACAUCAUUUUAUUAAUAAAUUAAUAAUAAUAUUGUUGUUAUACCAAGUCAUAUUAAUAAUAAGUAUUGUUAACGUGAUUGAUUUUAAUUUUUUGAAUCGUAAAAUUUUGAACUUGUGUUUUGGUGCUGUUGUAGAAGUAGGAAGUUAUUGGUUUGCUUUUAAUUUCUCAACAGGUCAACUGCAGUUCUUUCUAGAAGAUCUUUUUAGUAAACUGAAUUGUAAUUUUUAUAGCAAAUCUUUAGAUAUAGAUUAAAUGAAUUUAAUAAAUUGAAUUUUGAUAUUCAAACUAUUGUCCCAAAUAUACAAUCUGAAGACUUUCGCGAUUAGUUACUGAAAAAAAAAUUGCAAAUGUAAAUAUAUUCCAUCGAUUCUGGAUGCCAUUAUGAUUAUUAACAAUCACUAAUUAAGUUACAUUAGUUUCGUAUUUUAUUUUAAGUUGGAGGUUGAGUGCAAUGUGAUAAAAUUAUUAAUUACUUUAUUGUUGUUGAACAAUCUUCUAUUUUAUGAAUUGUAUGUGGAGAUCGAUUUGAUAAUUUGCCACUAACAAGAAAACAACUAACUAAUUGUGUAAUUCUGUAGUACCUAUUUUAAGAGUCGGACGAUAUGUAAUUCACAUGAUGCAUAGAUUUUAGUACAUUUAUUGACUUUGUCUACUUUUCUACCAAAGACAAUUAUAUAGUAAUUUAGAUAUAGACAACCGUUGAACAUUGCAAGAUGAGACGUAAUUUCGAACUUUUGAUAAAUUUAUAGGACUGAAGUAAAAUUGAAUACCGUACUAAUCUACUGGUUGUAAAGCAAUUCAUCGAAAUUAUAGUGAAAUCAACAGAUUGGAAAAGUAUAUUUCUCCAACAGUAUACUGAUGGCUCAAUCAUUGUAGAUUGAAGAGUUGCAAUAAUUCACCUUGAAACCUGAAAUCAAAAAAUUAUACUUCUCUUUAAUACGAAGUAAUUAAUUUCUAAUGCCAUUAAAAAUUAGAUUUUAAUAGCAGAGUUUUGUAUGUGUUUGUCACAGAAAGUGGCUUCUCCUAUAAAUUUUUUGUGGCCAUAGAAGAAUGAAGUUAUACAUUUAUAUUACUACAAUAGAUAUUAGUUUGUAAAAGAAAAUUCAUGAUAAUUAUUGCAUUGAGAUUAAUUAGUUGAAUACUCUAUUGACAUUAUUUGCUUAUUACAAGCUUAUUACAGUAGGUACCUAUCAUGGAUGUAAAAUGUAAUGGUUCCAUGACAAAUGCUCUUUUCAAGGAACGUUCUGAUUGUAAAAUCAUAUAAAAAACUAUCAAUUUACUUUUACCGUACUAGUGUUCAUAUAUUUUGAGAUAAUAGUCAAUAACUUAUGUUAUGAAAUUCAAUAUAAUCAAAGUAGAGAAGUUUUGAAAAUUAUUAAUCAAACUAAUAGCUCAAAUCGUAAAUAAAUGUUAGUUAAUGAAACAGAGUUCAGUAAAAAGUUUAGAAUUGAAUCAAAAUAGAGAUGAGAAAUAAAUUCUGAAUGCGAAAGAAUUCUUAAACUUGCAACAUAUUAGUCAGUAAGUGAAUUUUUUGUAAUGAAUCAUUAAAUUAAGAUGUUGACACCUUCAUUCUCCGAAACUGGAUGUACAUUAACUUUGAAAUAUAUUUUACAUUCCAAAUUCU